AUGUCACAAACCGAGACAAUCUCACUGCGUGAAGCCACACCUCCCACGUUCGGCAGGUUGGAUAUCCAGACAGAGGAACAAGGAAGCACUGGUCGUGACCUGGCUGUCCGUCAUCGAAAUGGCACAAAAAUGAAGAAAGCCUGUGUCCUGAUCGGCUCUGGCUUGAUCCAACUGCCAAUAUGGGGCUUCGCGAUGAGCUACGGCGUCUUCCAGGAGUAUUUCACCAGCAACUGGCCGCUUCGCGGCAGCCGCGAGUUGACGGGCGUGAUCGGCACGACCUUCAACGGUAUAAUCUACAUCUCGAUGCCAUUUCUCUUCGCCCUCUUCACCAAGCGCUGGGCCCGCUGGCGCCAGGCCGCCGCGCUGGCCGGCAGCCUCCUCACGUGCGCGAGCUUCCUGGUGUCGUCGCUGAGCAGCUCCGCGUGGCACCUGGUCGCGACGCAGGGGGUCCUGGCGCCGCUGGGGUGCGCGCUCGUCUUCAGCCCCGUGACGCUGUCGCUGGGGGAGUGGUUCAGCAGCUCCCGGGGCAGCGACGGGAAGAGCAACAGGGCCCUCGCGUACGGCGUCACGCUGUCGUGCAAGAACGUCGUCGGCUCGGCGUGCCCGUUCCUGUUCCGCGCGCUGCUCGACAGGUACGGCUUCCGCACGGCAGUAAAGGUCUGGGCCGCCGUGGCCGGCGCGGCGGGCGUCCCGGCCAUCUUCAUGAUCCCGACGCACCCGUCCAGCCUGGACCACGGGCGCCGCCCUGGGAGUUCGUCGUCCCCGUCGGGCGGAGAGCAGCCGCGGUCGGCGCGGAGGAUCCCCUGGCACUUCCUCCGCCACAGGACCAUCUACAUCUACGCCGCGGCGAUCCUCCUGCAGAGCGCCGGGUAUGGCAUCCCGCAGACGUACCUGAGCGCGUACGCGCACGACGUGGCGGGCGUCUCGCAGGCUUCGGCGACGCUGCUCCUCACCGUGUUCAACCUGCCGGGGAUCGCGUCGUCGAGCUUCUUUGGCUUCCUCUGCGACAGCAGCCGGCUCCGCCUGCCCGCGGCGACCGUGACGGCCAUCCCUGCUGCAGGCUCCGCGCUCGCCGCGUUCCUGUUCUGGGGCCUUGCGUGGCGCGGGAGCAUGGCGCUGCUGGUGCUCUUCUCGGUCACGUUCGGCUUCUUUGCGGGCGGGUACUCGGCCACCUGGGGCAGCGUGCUCAAUGAGCUCGAGGGUGAGGCCCGCGAUGGUAAUGAGGCCAUUGACACGGGGAUGAUCUACGGGCUGCUCAACGGUGCGAGGGGCAUCGGCUACGUUGGCGGCGGCUUGGUCGGCCUGCCUCUGCUGAAGGCUGGCGGCCAGGCAUCGCUGGGGACGCUUGGCUACGGCACGACGUAUGGCCCUCUGAUUGUGUUCACAGGACUGUCCUCUGUGCUAGGCGGCUGGGCUGUUCUGUGGAGGUGGCACAAGCUGGUGGCUUGUCUGUAG